AUGGGCAUUCUUGCCCUUUUGGCUCUGCUAGCCCUCCUGCUCCUCUACCUCAAGGAGGCAUCCGAGCGCCUCUUUGGAUGGGAGGUGACUGCCGUGUCGCUGCGGGACCUUGAGCAGGGGCUCAGGGGCGCCCGCGCGUGGGCAGACUCCGCGCUGCAUUCACUACGCAAUGAAGCCUACACGGUUGGAUAUCGACUGAGAGUGGAGCUGUCCUCCCUGCGAGACGACCUCGACAAAUUGCUCGGGAAGCUUCGGCAGUCGGCCAUCGACCAUGGCCUGCUUGAGGAGGAGCCGCCGCCGCCAGUGUGGCCUCCUCCAAGUCCAAAGGCGGCCGCAAGCCCACCUGCCGCUGCCCCGUUGAAACCACCUCCUCCACCCACGAUGCCGCUUGCGUCGUCCGACGAGGGUGACUACGUCAUGCCGGAACCCGCCAAGAAGUUGAAGCCUCUCGUCACGCUCGCGAGGCAAGCGAGCGACCCGCCGCAGCCCACCGUCCACAUGCCACCGUCUCCCUCUCCAGAAUCUCCGCCCCCGUCGUAUGCUUGGCGCCACUCUGGCACUCCCUCGUGGCCGGACAACGCGCCCACCAAGGCCAUCCUCCAGCCGGUGCCCCUGGUUGAUUAG